UUCCAGAAGAGUUUCACAGCGACUCACGAUUCCAUGUAAUCCCUUAAAUACGACAAUAACUUCGUGCUGAGGUUCUCCUCUUAGAACCGAAUGAAGAAACGAAUCCUGCUUUUAUUCGCAUAUAGAGGAUUAGUGAGAAAAGGGAAAAAGAGUAAAAGAAGAAAAUGGCCAGUUUUAUAUUACGGAACGCUGAACCCAAGGACGUCUCAGAUAUUCUCCGUCUCAUAAAGGAGCUUGCGAAGUUUGAGAAGAUGGAACAGCAGGUCGUUCUGACCGAGAAAGAGCUGCUGGAGGACGGUUUUGGAGAUCAUCCGUUCUACCACUGCAUCAUCGCCGAGGUGCCCAUGGACAAGCAAAGUGCACAGGGUCACACAGUGGUCGGUUUCGCCAUGUACUACUUCACCUACGACCCCUGGAUCGGGAAGCUGCUGUACCUGGAGGACUUUUAUGUCAUGGGGGAGUUCAGAGGUUACGGCAUCGGCUCUGAAAUUCUCAAGCAGCUCAGUGAAAAAGCGGUGAAGUGUCGCUGCAGCAGUCUGCAGUUCAUCGUGGCCGAGUGGAACAAAUCCUCCAUCGAGUUUUAUAAACGGCGUGGCGCCAGCGACCUCUCCCUGGAGGAGGGCUGGAGACUGUUCGAGAUCGACAAGGAGAGUCUGAUCAAAAUGAUCAAGUAAUGACGAUAAGAAAUAAAUGCAGAACAGCACGAUUUAACUUCUCUUCAGACAUCCUGAAUCAUCUGCUACAGUAAAAUGAACACAACUGCAUGUUAUUUUCUAAUAAACUCAGUAACAUUUUUACAUUCA